UUUUGUUUAUUUCUUCCAAAUUUUCUUACCCUAUUUUUGGCGAUAACAUUUAAAAACUUGUUUUUCUCACCUCUGCCCAACACAAAUACAAAACAAAAAUGCAAUUUGUUUGUAUUUUUAAAAAAAUAUAUACUCUACUCCCGCUGUCACCCAAAAAUUCAAUCCUCUUUAAAAUAUUAAAUCUUUUUUUCCUUUUAUUUUAUAAAAACGUUGGUUAAUCCAAAAAAUAAUCGAAAAAAAAUUUUUUUGUGUGCUUUUUUAAUUUUUUUUAUUGCUUGGAUGUUCAAUCUAUUGAUUUUAUUUUUUAUUUAAAAAUUUUUAAAAAAUUUUAUUCCCAUAAUUCCCCCUAAAUUCGAAUAUUUGCUUACUUUUCCGUUAUAUGCCCACAGAUUUUUUGGCUGUGCUUUAGCCAGUGGACGUUUCCAAAGUAGUUCGAUUUAUAUAUCCUUCGGUUCGUCUUAUCAGUCCAAGUCGAAUGGUACCUCUCUCUAUGAUUAGAAAUGCCUGUGGACCGAGAUAUAGGCCCCCGAAACGGCAAAGCCUAUUUUUGAGGUCAAAAAUCCGACUAUACACCCCUUUUUAUUUUCUUCACAAAUCUAUGCCGAUAAAUACCCAGCUUGUGCGAGUUAGAAUUUAUGUUCCGGUAAUGUGCGUCUAUGCCGUAAAUCACCACAGCUUUUAUUAG